UAAAAUUUCCCUUCAAUUUUGAAAGGAAGGUAAGGACACGAAUUAAAAGUUAAAGUACUAUUUAAAACUUAUGUUGCAGUUAAUAUGCAUUCAGAAGCACAAACAAUAAAAUGAAAAUUGUGUUGAUACUCCAAGCUUCAUUGACCUUUUAUACAAGUUCAUACGAUUGUUGAAGUAAACAUAUACUCAACAACUUAGCAAUUGAAUAUAAUGAUGCAAUUAAGCUGUUAUCAAGAUACAUUUCGAAAUCCGUCUUAAUCUAGCGCGACAAAAGAGCAUCAUUUUCAUGUCUUGUGCUGUUGUGUGCAGUACAUUCGCAUAAAAUAUUGAUUUUCAGUCAAAAAUGGCAGAGCAAUCAAUGUCAUCUUUUGUCGACGAGAUUUUGGAGAUGAAUUGCCUGUCUUGCGUAAUUUGCAAAGAAGUGUUGAGGCCUCCGAUAAUGUUAACACAAAACCUUGGGAAUGUUUGUUCGACUUGCUAUGAGGAGAAGUGUGAGCUUUCUCAGAUGACGAGUCUGCCAAAUGAACCAAUGGAGAAGAUAUUGAAGUUGAUGAAGCUCCCUUGCAGAUAUAAACAAAAAGGCUGUGAAGAAACUUUGUCUUAUGAAGACCUUUUGACACAUCAGAAUUCCUGCCGAUAUCGCACCAAAUUAUGCGCCCUAUUCAGAUUCACUGGGUGCGACUGGGAGGGGAACAGAAACGAUUUUGCUACGCAUUUCAAAGAAUGCCAUGGAGACCAUGUGAUCAACUUUGAAAACAACAUUUUCUUCCUCGAAACCUCGUUGCGAGAUUUGAACUUGGUGAAGCUGCUCAUUAUGAACAAGAAAGUCUACAUUUUGAGAAUGCAGACAAAUCCUACGAAAAAGAAGCUUUUCUAUAUGAUUUGUAAUGUCAAAGAUGAACACAGUUCAUUCUGCGAGUACUCAGUAAAACAUAAGGGGAGUAGUGAUAACUACAUAAAGACAAAGUCUAAGAUUCUGUCUUCUUACAAUAUUUACAACGAGUUUGAUGAGAAUAUUGCCGUGCAAGUGGAUUUGGAAGCCUUAAAACAGAUUUCCCAGAUUUCUGAUACCAUCACCAAUAUUUUCAAAAUCAAAGCUGAGGAAUCUAGAGCAGAACAUCUAGAUGAAAAGAUAUUACACUUCUUCGAAUGCCCCGUCUGCAAGAACUACAUGAAACCGCCCAUCUACCAAUGUCAAUCGGGUCACAGCAUUUGCAACAGUUGCCGACCCCGACUAGAAAAAUGUCCGACUUGUCGCGCCAUCUUCGGCAGUACCAGGAACUACUCCCUGGAGGGCCUCACUUCAGGCGUGCAGUACCCUUGUUUGUACCACGACCUGGGAUGUCCAGAAACUGCUAUUGCGAAUGUUAUCAGCAGACAUGAGCGGGAGUGUCAGUUUAAGCCAUACAGCUGUCCAUUUACCAACUGUACCUCUACUGGGAAUUAUCAUACAAUGAUCAAUCAUCUGAUCGCAUUUCAUUCAGAAUCUGUUAUAUACAAUGGAGCUACAGGUAUGCACUUAAUACUGUUUCUUUAUCAUACAGAGUAUUUCAAAAAUAGGGAGGGAAGAUUCAAAAGGUGGUAUGGACUAUGAAGUAGUCCUCGGAAUGUAAUCUACAAAGUUUUUUGUCCUUGGCGUAGUAGUAACCAUGUGUGAAAAUUACAUCAAUAUCCGAGCGGUAAACCCAAAAAACGUAUCUCAUUUUCAAAAAUUGUCUACCUCGCAAUGUUUCCGCACCGGUGGCGGAAGAAGUAUUGAUUAUUUAUAACUAGUGAAUAUCACUACUUACUAGUUUGUUCAGGACUGAUUCAUAAUAUUGUUUUUUAUAAUAAAUAAUUCAAGUGAAAUGAUUUUUUCACAUAAAACAAACUAGGCCGAACAGUCUAUUUUAACUUGAUUUUAACACCAAAACUAAAUUUGGCCCCAAAGUCUCGAAACUCGCGAAACUUGCAGGCCUUUCGGUCCCUUUAACAGUUAGUUCCGAAAUUGCCGGUAUCCAUGAAAAUGUUUUAUCGAUUAAACUGGGCAAAGAAGUUAUUUUGAAACUUUAUCGGAAAAUCUGAUAAUAGUGUAUUUUCUAAACAUAUUAUUUUGUAUUGAUUGUAAUGUUUACUCGUGACGAAAUAAAUAUUUUGAAUUUUCAUUUUAAUGGAAUAUCAAUGUUCUGCAUCCAAAAAUGUAUUGAGUUUCUUCAUUUUUUCCUCAACCGAAUCGGCUUCCAGUUGCAGUCACUAAUUUUAGUUGAUACCAACCAGAUAUUUUAAAAUACUUAUAAAAGUAUUGGAAACGUGGUAUACAAUCAAAUAUUUUGUGGCAUAUGUAACUCUUCUUUUGUACCACACAAGUGAG